AUGCUCUUGUUUGAACACCGCCUGGCUGAAAGAGGAUGCUUGCUGCUCUGGCUGCUCCCGUCCAUCCUCCGAGCCCAGUCUAAUGGGGAGGCGAGACCCAGGUCCACGCCGUGCCAGCAGAGCCCCACAAAGGUCUCUUGCAAAGGAGUUGGCCUCAGCAAGUUCCCAAAGGAGCUUAGCCAAGGAGUCAAGUACCUCGAACUCUCCAACAACUUCAUCCGAAACCUGUCGGGCAGCCCCAUGCGGGGGUUUGGGCAGCUCGAGUACCUGGCCGUGUGCUCCAACCAGCUGGAAGCCGUGUCGGACGCAACGCUGGCUCAGCUGCCCCGGCUGCGCUCACUCCUGCUGGGAUCGAACCGCUUGGACCGCAAUUACCGGGCGAACGGGCGAGCCUUCCGGCUGCUCAGGAACAUAGAGGUCCUGGACCUGUCGGCAAAUAACCUGGAGAGCCACAUGGCCGGCUGGUACAUCCGCAACCUCACCAGGCUGCGGAGGCUGGAUCUCUCCGGGAACAGGAUGAGCCGGCUGCUGGCGGGGAUUUUCCGGAGCACGCCAUGGCUGCGGGAACUGGACCUCAGCAACAACUACAUCAUGGAAAUCGAGGAGGGAGUGUUUGAGGUUCUGGGAGAGCUGGAAGUGGUAAACUUGGCUUUGAAUUCCCUCCAUUGUCUCUCUGGCUUCAGCCUCACGCAGCUGCGAGUGUUAAAUCUCAGCCACAACGCCCUGGAGCUCUUCGGCGCGGAGGAUGGAGCGGAGCCCUACCUGCUCCGAGUGCUCGACUUGAGCUGGAACAGGCUCCUCGAUUUCCCAGAGCUCCCCAAAGCCCAUUAUCUCACACACUUAAACCUCUCCAACAACCUUAUUGCUUCCCUGCUCCCCAGCUCACGCCAUCCAGGGGAGUUCAUCCUUCGCUACGAGGAGAUGGCAAGGUUCAACCGGACCCUGCGCACCGCGGCGGGGCUGACGCACAUCGCUGACCUGGAUCUCAGCAAUAACCACCUCCAGCUGUUCCCAUUUUCCUUCUUCCACAGCCUGAGCUCCCUGCACAGACUCAGCCUGGCUGGGAACUGUCUCCAGGAUGUAGCUGGGGAGCCUCUCGCCGGCGGCAUGGAGCCCACCGACCGCUCGCCGGAGCACGCUGCCCUCUCCGUGCGCCAGCUGGACCUCCACGACAAUGCCCUCCGCGUGCUGCCGCGCUGGUUUUUCCAUUCCCUGCCCCAGCUGGAAACCAUCGACCUGGGCUCCAACAACCUCCAGCCUUGCGGGAGCCAGGGGAGUGAUCCAGGAGGGAUGUCGGGAGGGGGGUCUCACGUCCCAGCCCCAGGGGGCACCUGCACCCCCUUCUACAACCUGCCUGGCUUGAAGCACCUGAGCCUUUGCAAGAACAACAUCACCAGGCUGCAGCCCUACACCUUCAACCAGACCCCGCUGCUCUCGCUGGACCUGUCGGGGAACAUGGGCUUGUUCCUGCCUCGGGAAGCCCUGGGGGGGUUGGAGUUCUCCCUGCAGAAACCAGAUGGGUGCCAGCAGGACGGAGCUCCCCUGCCUGCGCACGCUCGCAGCCCUGGACCUCUCAGGCAAUAA